UUCUAGCCAAGCCCCGUCGGCGAGGCAAGGACGGGAAUGGGAACAGAGUUGUGGCGUAGGGCUAAGUCGGGUCUCGACAGGGCGUCGGAUCUUGCCUUGUAGGUUGCAGCAUUAGUCGAACGCUGGCAAGGCUUGGCACCCUGGUUCCCGGUGCUACUAGUAGUUAUAGUAAGUUGUAUCGCCACGGCCAGAUAAGGUGAUGACGAGCAUUGCCUGUUCUAGUCAUCAAGCCGAGAGGACCAACGAUUACUCUGUUUCUCCAUCCGCUACUCAUCACAUCCACAGUCACAUCGAUUCCACAACCAUGGCAGCUGUGGCCAACUAUCUGCAAGACUCGGAGGUCCACAAGACGGAAAAGCCAUACAGGUUCAGCGGGCCGGACCUGGGAUUCCCGGCAUCCAACGUCGCCUUCCAGCCAAGUGAGUUGUCCGUAACCGAUCUCCGGACCGUCCCCCACUUCCGGCCGACCCUGGAGACGCACGGGUUUUGUUUCAUCGAGAACAGGUCCGCCGAGCUGCCCGCUCUCGAUCAUGAGAGCAACUCCAAGGCUUACGCCGUGGAGAUGGCGGGGUUGGUCAAGGAGCUUGUCGGUGCUACACGAGUGAUCCCGAACCAUGUUCUGCUCAGAAGCGCAAACAAGGCACAUGGAAGAGCCGGUGUUGGGACCGAGGCGCACAUCGACACAUCCGCUUUCGACGCCUGGGACAGGAUACGCGGCAUGAUGACUCUAGAAGAACAAGAGGGCGUGCUGUCGGGCAAGCUGCGAGCACGGAUCAUCAAUCUCUGGCGGCCUAGGGUCAACCACGCCGAGGACUUCCCGCUGGCGGUGCUCGACCCCACCACGGUCGACCCCGAGAAGGACCUGGUGUGCCUCGAUCACAUCUCGCAGGUUACGGUCGCCGAGACGAUGUACAUCCGGCACAACCCCAACCACCGGUGGUACUGGCUCGGCAACCAAACCCCGGACGAGGCCGUGCUGUUCACCCAGUACGACACGCACCCGCCGGCGAAUUCGCUGCACUUUGGCGUCGCACAUUGCGCGUUUCGGAACCUGGCGGCCCGCCCAGGAUGUCCUCCGCGCCAGAGCGUCGAGCUGCGGCUCACGGUUCUAGAACCGGCUCCGUAUGAAAGGGCUGUCACCGUCCUCGACCCGCACCCGCCCGAGACGCGCAAGCAGCCGUGGAAUGGGCGGGUCCAGUUCCUGGCGCCGCCAGUCAAGUAUGUGCCGACGUUUACGCGGGAGGAGUUGGCGCUUGCAUAAGCCACGAGGGAGUAGGCACAAGAAAUAGUAAUGGAAGAAUCUAGAGAAUUGGGGGUUGCAGGAAUGACAGUUGUGGGAACAGUAACAUUACAAUAGUAUCCUCCAGCAAGGAUGAAAUAAUUGAACAGGUAGUACAAGACAACUGCUCAAUUUGAUGUG